UCCUCCAAUAGUGUUUGAUUGAUGUUCCCAGUCCCGUACACUUCUCUAUGGAUCAUUGUAUCUCGAUUCCAUUUUCAUACACAGUUUACAUGCACAAAUAAAAUUAAGGCUCCUUCAGUCUAAUACCCCAUGAUUUUCCUUAUCUUUUAAUCUUUGAUUUUUCUCUUUUAUUCUUCACGAUUUGUUAACAAUCUUGUUUUUCUAAUCUGGGUUUUGCUUCUUUUCUGGCGGGAACUCCUCAGCUAGCGGGAAGGAACCUACUUUCCUUGUGUGUGUUUCCAUUUUAUUCUGUAGGAACAAGAAGAAAGGUGUUGAAAUAGGAAAGUUUUGAAUCUAAACUUGAUGGCAAAUCCACCAGGGAGCCAUCAGCAGGAAGCGAAUCGUGCGUCAUCUUCUUUUAAUGGAGCACACUUGAGCAACGGAAAUCAUAAACCCGAGACCUCGGGUUCGGGUUUGAAGCAUAACCCUGUCAUUUCCUUGGAUUGGACCUUAGAAGAGCAAGGUAUACUAGAAGAUGGGUUAAAAAAAUAUGCAUCAGAGCCGAGCAUAAUUCGUUAUGCAAAAAUAGCAUUGCAGUUACAAAACAAGACAGUCCGGGAUGUGGCUUUGCGGUGCAGAUGGAUGACUAAAAAGGAAAAUAGCAAGAGAAGGAAGGAAGACCAUAAUAUAGCCAGGAAAAUUAAAGACAAAAAGGAAAGAGUUGCUGAUCAUUCGGCAAAGCCUACUCAUUUUGCAGCUCAACCUAAUCUUACUCCUUAUGCACCCCCAAUGAUUCCUAUGGGCUACGAUGAUGGCAUUCCAUACAGAGCCAUCAGUGGGGUGACGGGAGAACUUCUGGAGCAGAAUGCUCAAGCCUUAAAUCAAAUAUCAGCAAAUCUUGCAGCUUUUCAGAUACAGGAAAAUAUUGGUCUCCUCUGCCAAACUCGUGACAACAUUAUGAAAAUCAUGAACGAGUUGAAUGACAUGCCGGAUAUAAUGAAGCAGAUGCAAGCACUUCCGGUGAAACUGAACGAAGAGCUAGCUAACAUCGUCCUCCCCCCUUCAUCCCAUCCUAUGCAUUCGUGAUCCUCUGCCUCCUGCAUAGUUUCCGAUAACUGAGCGGUGGAUCGUGCUUUUGCUGAUGUAGAAAAUAACCGCGGAUAAGGUGAUCACUCACCUUUCUUUACCAUUUGAGAACAAGUUCUCUUCCCCUUUCUUGCGUGUAGAAGGCACAGUGUUUUCUUGGUUUCUUUAUUCCAUAGUUUGUUCGUUAGUUCAUG